UUGUUUACACGUCAUUGGAAACGCGUAUUUGCUUACGUUUCGCAGCGCCCCAUCGGUAGUGAAUUUGGUUACUACAAACGUAAAUAUAACCUAUCAAAACUCUAGGAUUUUACAUAUUUUCAGACAAGAUUCGAGACUCGUCUGAUAUAUUUAAGUUACUAUUGCUCAAUAAUGGCUUCAAUAGAGAGAAUAAAAGUGAUGGUGCUUGGAGAUUCUGGAGUAGGAAAAACGUCAUUUGUACAUUUAGCUGCACACAAUGAGCCCAUUAAAUCGCCAAGUUGGACUGUGGGGUGUACAGUGGAGGUGAAAUUGCACGAAUUUAAAGAAGGCACCAAAGAUCAGAAGACGUAUUUCGUGGAGUUUUGGGAUGUGGGAGGCAGCAAAAAUCACGAAAAUUCCCGACCUGUAUUUUACCACCCUUGCAAUGGAGCUAUUUUAGUCCACGAUUUGACGAAUCGCAAUAGUGAAAAGAAUUUGCAAAAGUGGUUGAAAGAACUGCUAAUCCAUGGCUCUUUUGUCGAAUGUAGUAGUGGCUCAAGUGCAAUUAAAGAACAGAAAGAUGAUGAGAUGGAUGCUGAAAAUAUGUUGGGAGCUAAUAAUUCCAUGCCAAUUUUAGUAGUGGGAACCAAGUUAGACCAGGUAGAUGAUAAAAGGCCUGCCAUAUCGAAUACAAGUUUCCGUUAUAAAUAUAAUGCAGAGGAAAUUUUGUUAGACUGUAGGCAGUCGAGAUAUUUGGGGGCUGGAACGUCUAACGCUGUAAAGCUUUGCAGAUUUUUUGAUAAAGUAAUUGAAAAUAAACAGGACAAGACACAUUUAUUUUCAGACAGAUAUGGAGGUGCUCCGAAGACCAACGUGUUUAGGCCAAAAUUUUACUUGGCCCACCAAGAUUAAUAA